UGUCGAGGCCGAAUCACGGCAACGAUUCAAAAUUGGCAAACAUGCACAUGGAUGGAACACGCCGUCCGCACGGAGGUCGACAAGCACGUGCACUGACUGCCUCCGCCUGCCUGCCGGCCCAUCCAUCCAUCCAUCCAUUCAGCCAUCAAGAAAUGGACAGAAAGACAGUCGUGAGCCCACCCUUUGGAUGGGACAAGCCGUCCGCCCCAUCAUGCCAUGGGACAGCCCACAUCUCUGUACACUCGCCACGCGCAUCGCAUCCAUCACAUAUCGUCCGACAUGCACACAUGCGAUCAAAUCAAUGCAGGUGGACUCACGCCUCUGUCUGUCGACAUGAAAGGCACACGAGAGCGAUCUGACUCGAGGGUAGGCCGGGUGCGUUGGCCAUUGGAGAAGGGGGGCCAGCCAGUGUGCAAAGGUGGAAACAACUGUCUGUCAUGCUGCCAGCCGCCGGACAGAGGAGAGAGGCAGGCAGGGUGGCAGAAUCCGAUAAGUGUAGGGUGUGGUUUGUGUCACAGUAAUGAGAGAGCCCCUUUUUCCAUCCAUCCAUUCAUUCAUGUCUACUCGUCGUCGGCUGGAAACAAAGGCAGCCAGUCGGGCAGAUCAGCGCUGCUGUGUCUCUCAAAAUAGUUGCGGAGCCUGUCUUCUGCGCUGCCGUUGAGCUUCCCGCCAGCCUCCCACUUGGCGUUCGGAUUAGUGCGAGGGCCAGGAAAGAGGGUGCCCUCCGUGGCCGUCCCGCCCUCGAACUCGCCACUGAAGAUGACCUCACACAGAGGGGGGGCAUCGAAAGCGUCGCCGAACUCCUGCAGCUCCACCUCCGCCUUGCCGUGCAUCUUGCCCUCCUUCCACCCGCCCUCGUACCAGAAGUGGGCCUCAGAGACGUCCUCGGUGUGCGUCCCCUGGCCGUGCGGCACCCCCUCCCUCAUGUCGCCGACGUACAGCUUCUUCUCGCAGUCACGCGUCACCACAGUGCCCAUGCCGUCCGCCUUGCCGUCGCGCCGCGGGCCGAGCCAGUAGCACUCCUGGCCGUCGUACGUCACCUCCAGCGGCAGCUUCUUGAUCUUGGCCUGCAGGGCGGUCUUGACCUGUUGCUCACUAAGGCGGGCACGUUUCUCCGACUCGUAUGCCGCCUGUGCCUGGUCUCUCUCUCGCUUGAGUGUGUUGAUGAUCUCGUCCUGGGCAGCAAGCAGCUUCUGAGUGAGGUCGCCGGCGUCCAUUGCAGCGCACUGAGGGGCAGGGAAUGCAGCAGGGAAUGCAGCAGGUGCAGGGCAGAGGAGGUGGGUCUCAAGAACGAAACCUGUGCAAACAAACCGAUGAAUGAUUGUCGUCGAUGGACGAUGCAUGUUUUCUUUGGCCGUACCUUAGCGCUUUGCGAUG